AUGACGCUGUCGCCGGGCGAGCACGAACCGCCGCGCUUCUGGUGCCACGAGUGCGGCGCCGGUGUGGAGACGCGCGUCGACGAGCCGAGUGAAGAGGUCUGCUGUGUACAGUGUGGCGGCAACUUUGUGGAGGAGAUCGAAGAGGAUGAUCCGCCGCAGGAUUUCCAAGUGGAACAUACAGAAGAAUCGCAGGCGCAGACAAGUGGAGCUUCGGGAGAUGGGGUCGGCGUCCAGACUGAGACUCACAACGAACCCGACGACACUCGCCCCCUGCCGCGCCCUACCGGCCGAGCAGUACGGUUCCCAGCUUCGGACGGACAAGAUGGUGACUCGCCUUUGCCUACUUUGUUCCAGUUUUUGUCGGAUGCUACUGGUAAUGGACGUGCUACACGCUUCAUGAGUAGUACGGGGAAUCCCGUCGAGUUUUACGUCAGUGAGUCUGGAGAAGGUGGGGCAGGAGAUACAUUUGGGGUGCUGGACACGCUGGGUGGCAUGUUCCCGAUGCUGGCUGGCAACUCGGGUGACUACGCGUUUGGCAAUAUGGCAAACGUGAUCAAUCAGCUUAUGCAACACGACCCCAAUCGGCAUGGAGCUCCGCCUGCUGCUAAGGAAAUUGUGGAAAUGCUGCCAAAGGUGAAAGUGACUCAGACUGAAGUGGACGGGAGCGCCGAAUGUCCUGUUUGCAAGGAUUUAUUCGCAGUCAACGACGAAGUUCAUUGUCUACCGUGCAAGCACUCGUUCCACCCCGACUGCAUCGUGCCAUGGCUGAAGCAACACAACUCGUGUCCACUUUGUCGAUUCGAGCUACCGACAGACGAUCCUGAUUACGAGCGACGGCGUGCGGCAUCGUCAUCGUCUACGUAA